AUGAAGAUUUUCCAGGCGUUGUUAGUCGGCACCCUGGCCGCAAAGGGCGGGAAGAAGAAAGCUGAGCGUGAAGCCGCUAAAGCAGCAGCUUUAGCUGCUCAAGCUGAGGCUGAGCGACUUUCUUCAACUCCGGAGCUCGGUCCGGGGACACGAUUCAAAUGGACAACUACGGUGAUAACGUUGCAAAAACCUGGGAAGUCGUUGCUGACGAUGAAGGAGUAA